CUUCUGUGUGAGUUGAAGGAAACCGAAACGUUAACAAAAUGCCUGACCCGCCCAAAGCGCCGAAGAAAGGCUCAAAGAAAGCCGUGUCCAAGACCGUCAGCAAGACCGGCAGGAAGAAGAGGAGACCCAGGAAGGAGAGCUACGCCAUCUACGUGUACAAGGUCCUGAAACAGGUCCACCCCGACACCGGCAUCUCCUCCAAGGCCAUGAGCAUCAUGAACUCCUUCGUGAACGACAUCUUUGAACGCAUCGCCAGCGAGGCCUCCCGUCUGGCUCACUACAACAAGAGAUCCACCAUCACCUCCAGGGAGAUCCAGACCGCCGUCCGCCUGCUGCUGCCCGGGGAGCUGGCCAAGCACGCCGUGUCCGAGGGCACCAAGGCCGUCACCAAGUACACCAGCUCCAAGUAAAGUGCCGACAGUCCCCACAAGUCCCAAAG